AUGGCGGUGAUAGAGGAAGAAUCCGCCGGUGAAAGCGUCUCCAGAUCACGGCCAAGCCCGGAGGCGACUGCGCCAUCGGGGCACUGUUCCGAUGGAUACGAGACUGCCAGUGAUUCCGAGCUAAAUGACUCCAAUUCCGAUAAAGACAAUGGCCCCGUCAAUCGUAAUGAUUUAAGCAGUGGUAAAAAUGGAGGCGAUGAGGUCAGUCGUGAGGUCAACGAAGGAGAAGGGAAGACUGAAACAACCGAGACUGAAGCGAAUGAGACAAUGUUAGCCAAAGCCAAUGAUGCAAAACUUGAGGGGAAUUCAUUGUUUAAUGGUGGGGAGUAUGAAGAGGCAUUAUCCAAGUAUGAGAUUGCUCUACAAGUUGCACCAGAUGGUCCGUCAUCUAGUGAAAUACGGUCUAUAUGUCAUGCAAACAGAGCGGCUUGUUUUGCUAAACUUGGGAAACAUGAGGAGACAGUCAAAGAGUGUACCAAGGCGUUGGAGCUGAAUCCAACAUACAUGAGGGCUCUAUUAAGAAGAGGAGAGGCUCGCGAAAAGCUUGAGCAGUAUGAAGAAUCAAUUGCUGACAUGACUAAGAUCUUAGAAUUGGAUCCCUCAAAUGACCCAGCAAGGAGAAGUAUCAUUCGUUUGAAGCCAUUAGCUGAUGAAAAGAGAGAGAAAAUGAAAGAAGAGAUGAUUGGCAAAUUGAAAGAGAUGGGGAAUUCCAUUCUGGGCCGUUUUGGAAUGAGCGUUGACAACUUCAAAGCUGUCAAAGAUCCAAAUACUGGUUCAUAUUCCGUUUCAUUUCAACGUUAA